AUGGGGAAUGAAAGAAGUGCACCUGAUACUCAUCCUCCAUAUGAAAAUGACUUUAAGCAAAUUCAAAUACAGGCAAAUCAAACAACUAUUGGAUGCUUUAUUCUUCUUGGAUUUGGUGAUGUCCCAGAACUGCAAACUCUUCUCUUCCUGACAUUGCUAAUUAUCUACAUUAUCACCAUGGCUGGGAAUUUCCUUCUAAUUGUGCUUGUUGUAGUUGAUUUGCACCUCCAGACUUCUAUGUACUUCUUCCUAGUGAACCUGUCCUGCUUGGAGAUCUGCUAUACCUCAACUAUCUUGCCCAGAUUGUUCUUCAGUCUUUGGACUGGAAAUAGGUCUAUUUCUAUUAAUGGCUGCCUUGUGCAAUACUAUUUCUUUGGUGUCUUAGCAUCUACAGAAUGUUAUCUCCUGGCUGUGAUGUCAUAUGAUCGCUAUUUGGCAAUAUGUAAACCAUUGCGCUACACCACUCUGAUGAAUAGCAGACUUUGUUUCUGGCUUAUUAUUGGUUCUUGGAUCAGUGGUUUUCUAAGUAACACAAUUAUAGCAUCUUUAGAGAUGCAGCUAUCGUUUUGUGGCCCCUAUGAAAUUGAGCAUUUCUUUUGUGAUCUUGCCCCAGUUUUAAAGCUUUCCUGUAGCAAAGUACACAUGGUGGAACUUAUAACUUUAAUCUUGGCCUCUAUGGAUACCCUGGGUCCUUUCUUGCUUACCUUGAUCUCGUACGUAUUUAUCAUCAUCAACAUUUUCAAGAUACAGUCCAAAGUUAUGAGGCAGAAAGCCUUCUCCACUUGCUCAUCCCAUCUCAUUGUAGUAACACUCUUUUUUGGCUCCUUGAUUGGUGUCUAUAUUGUUCCAAAAACAAAUACACUGAAGAGGCUUCAUCAGAUUUUCUCUCUCUCUUAUACUGUUUUAACCCCUAUGGCCAAUCCUCUUAUAUAUAGUUUGAGAAACAAAGAGGUAAAACAGGCUGUUUAUAGAAUUAUCAGUAAAGUUUGCAAUGUGGCUCAAUUUCCUUAG